UUUUCAACCUUGUCUAUGGCACUUGGCACAAGUGCCCGAGUGAAGUUCAGUUUUGACAGUUGUAAUAGUGGUCAUCUUAUAUUUUUUACCUCCUUGCAUUUUGAUACAAAAUAUUUAUUUAUUCGCAAAGUGGUAUUACGUGAACAAGAUGAAAAUAAGGGCCCACGCAAUUCGAGAACGGUGGAAUGCGACCCGCUAGCUCAAACUGAUAUGUCCACAACAAGAAGCGCCGUGAACGCGAUCCGCGCCCGCCGGGGCCACAAGGAGCGCUCCAAGAACUUCACCGAACUGGAGAAGAGGACUGUGUUGGAGCUGAUCGCGCGCCACCGCGACGUUCUGCGCCAGGGCCGCUCCAACAACGCCACCAACCGGAGCAAACAGCUGGUGUGGUCCACGAUAUGCGAGGAGGUAAACAAGCGCUGCGGCGGCGAGCGACCUCGCACUCCUGCGCAGGUCAAAAUGUGGUACGAGAACUAUAAGAAGAAAUGCAAAAUGCGCGCACACGACUCGCAGCCACCUCAACCCGACGCGCCUGGCUUACUGGACGGCAUGCUCUGGCAGAACAUUCACCCGUUAGAAGUUAAAGAUGACGACGAAGCAGCCACCAGUGAGCAAGGCGCGCACAGCGUGAAAGACGAUGACCUACCCGUUAACAUGACCAACGGCCGACUCUCAAGCACGAACGACAGCGACGACACGACCCCCAACCCCCUCGAGCCGCACGUCACCAUCAUCCCCCACUCGCCCUCCCCCAAACUACCCCACCCCCUCACCAUACCCCUCCUCAACCCUAUAGCGAUGGAGCAGGCGCGGUUGCAACAGGACUUCCUGAUAAAGUUGAACGAGUUGUCGAAUACGCCGCUCAAUUUGAGCCAUUUGGAGGGGAGAAAUGGGGAUGUUAAGGAUAAAGAGGAAAAGGAGGGGGGGAAUGCUACGGAGGAAGAGAGAUUAUACUUCACCGCAAAACGCCAGCACGCCAUAUGGGAGCACGAAGCCAAAAUGAAGAUCCUCAACAUGGAGCUCAAACAGAAGGAGGAAAUCUUUUCACUGCAAAAACAACUUUUUCUCAUAGAGCUAAGGUUGAAAAUGGAUUUCCUUGAAAAGGCCAGUGGUAAAUAAGGGACUGAGCAUGCUGUCACUGAAAUUUGCCAAAAUGAAAUUUAACCCUUUCACCGCAAGGCGUCUAUAGACGCGCACGGUUACAGUUAACCUUUGCGUUAUAUUUAGGAGUGGUAUUCAAAGGGUUAAAAUACUUUUCUUCCGCCACUGUCUUCGAUAAGUGACAAUGAAUGUACAUUUUAACACUUUCGCUGCCGUUUAUGCCGGAGCCCCGUUUAUGAAUACACAUACGUGCUUUGGCAGUGAUUGUGUUAAAAUGCACCUUAACGCAAUGUUAUAAAGAAUAGAUUUGCGUGUAGGCGGUUUAUAGGUUAUUUUUCUAUUGAACUCUUAUGCCUAGCAAUGAUUUAAUAUGAUUAUUCAUAAAAGUCAAACAUAAGUGACGGCUUGCAAGGGUUCAAAAGUAUUUGAGAUUUAUCAUGGCUUCCUACUGUCGCACCAAUAAAAGUCUGCAGCGGAUUUGAUAGCCCACGCAGCGUAAGUGUUAUUUAUACGUCAUAAUUUCAUAGAAGCUUCACGUUUAAAAUGACACUUGCACUGCAUGGGCUAUCAAAAUCGCUACAGACUUUUUACGGUCUGACUAUAGCUAUUAGACAUAUGCGCCGCUGUCCAUAAAUUGAUCAAUUGAUGUUAUAUUUAUUCAUUAAACUCCCCCUCAUUCAUAAAACUUUACGGACCAGAUUUAGUUAAAUAAUGUUUUAUCCCUUUCUCACAAAUACAUAAGUCAAAAUGGCAGAUAAAGACAAAACGAUUCAUAGCUAAUUCAGGCCGGUAACGCGUUUAUGAAUAACACCAGUAAUGUAUUACGAAUUUUUAAUAGUCUGUCUACGACACGGCCAUCCUGUCGUUCUGCACGUCCCUGUGUGCUUACUCUUGUAAUCAUAGAAACGAAAAUGUGUUCCGAUUAAGGUCCCAUAUUGAAUUGAACGAUUGUUUUGAUGGGAAAGCCAGGAAAAAAAUAGACCUAAAUCAACCCACGAGUUAUAAACUUAUAAAACUUUAUUUUUACUAGCAUAAAAAAUGUUAAUCGACGCAUAUGUCUACUAGCUACUCACAUGGCGUAACGUCAUUUUUUUAUUUUAUUAUAGCAAUGCAAUCUAGUUAUAAUGUGCCAUUUUCUCAUAAGUUUCCCUAUUAUAUGAAAGGCAUACAAUGACUGAAGUGAAACACUUUUCUCUUAAUUCGCUUCAGUCAUUUUAAAGUGAUAUUGUCAUAACUUCGUUUUUUAAUGUGCAAUAAUUUUACUAUUGACAGCAAUAAUGUAUAAUUUGUCUGUUAAAGGAAAGUUAGGUAUACGAGGUGGUAAUAUUCGGUGCGGUUUGUAUAUUGACAGUAUACUUUUUUUUUAAUACUAUAGCAAUUCGAAAGCUAGACAUUGAAAGGGUUAUUUUUUAUAUGAUAUUUUACUUUUAAACUCUGUAUAUACGCUGUGUUACCUUUAGGUGAAAGAAGCCAAAACAUGUGAAGUAAGUUGUGAUGCACAGUUUAUGGUGUCAUUAUUUGGAAUAAUUGUACAAAGUACAAUACAUAUACAAUAAAUAAAUACAAAUACAAAUAUUUUAAAAGUGUUUGGCAAAAGUUUUUAUUCUUAUUUUAGACAAAUACGCACCGAAUGGGUAAAAAAAUGUGAUCAAAAAUAUCGUUAUUAUUUUUUCUAAUAUAUUUUCGCAUAGCGUUUUAUUUUGUAACGAUUUUACUUUUUAGCAUAGACGUAUAAUGUUCUUAAGCAACCAUUUUCCGCCAUAAUGUUGAUUUUUAUAGUAUUAUAUUUUAUAUAUUUUUUUAAGGCAGCUUUUAUUAAAAUUGUAUAUUUAAAAUGAGAAACUGCCAAAUAAGAUAGCGGAUUUGUUACUUUUUAGUACUUAGAAAUGUUAAGUUUUCAAUAUAUUAUACAGGCCGUCUAUCGAAUUUAAAUAUCGACAGUUUCAAAACAUUUUGCUACUUAAACACCAACCACCAAACCAUUUUUUUUCUAUAAGAAUAUGGACUAUAUUUAAGGACUUACGAACAGAAGGAAAUAAUGAUAACCUCAAAAAAUCUUAUGAAAAUAAUAACUACCAAAAAGUUUUUGCCUGUUGAUGUUUAAUAUGGGUAUUCGUACUUUUGACAAAAUAACGUGAAAUUUAGUGAAAAUACAAAGUGAAUAUACCUAGUCUAAUAGUUAUGUGAAGUAGUUAUCAUAAGAAAGUAUUUAUUAUGAAUAAGUACUGUAAAUGUUAGGAAAAUUGGCUAAUUGUACUAAUGGUAAUUAUGAUAAUUGCCUUUAUUGACAUCGAAGGUUAAGGCAGUUAUUUUCCUUGUUUUUGGUUAUUUUUUGAGUGCCAAGCGUCUACCACAACACAAGUUAUUACUUACACCAAAGUAACAUAAUGUUUUAUGUAUGUUCGAUUAUAAAAAACUUUUUUUUUAUAUGCUAAAUGCUUAGAAAUGGCUAAAAAAGUAUAAAAUUAUACUUUGCAGACUUAUAACAGAAAUACGAAGAUGUUUGGACGUCAAAUGACGUCUUGAAGGCGUGUUUCCAUCGACGUGAUAUGACGUUCCUGGCGCUCAAAAGCUUAGAUAUGCGUUUGAUUUAUAUAUCCAUAGAUAUAGCUAUUCGUAACGCAAUUGUUCGGUUCGAAAUUUUAACUACUUCAAAUAACUAGCAUCUCACAGUCCAAUUUCGAUAUCAUUUUUCGGUUUUUUUUUGUUGGGCUGAAAGGUGCUGCAGUCAGAAAAUGUGCCAACACAUAAAAUUGUUGAUAUUUACAUAUCAAAUAUCAACAAUUCUUACGAAAAAGUAGUUAUUACAUAAAUAAGUACUAUGUGGGUCUUUUUGUAGGUAACCAGCGCUUUAAAAGUAUUCAAAGUCUAAUGUCACAUAUAUAUGACAAGUGUUGGAUUGGAUUGGACCCCUAAAGACCCUCUAAUAACGUUUCACAAUAUGUGCAAACGUAUUAUUAUAGAAGCAAAAUACGUAAAAGCGUAGCUAAAUAUGUAUUAAGUAUUGUACAGUAUGAUAUUAUUUUUUGUAGUUACUAUUAAAGUUAGAACGAAAUAAAUUUACAGUACAAAAAAAGUAAUUUUCAAUAAAAAGAUACCUCAUGUUAACAGUGUAUUGUAAUGAUAAAAAAUAGUUGAAUAGUUGUUAAAAAAAGUGAAAUUUUAGAUCCAUUUUUGAUGGGGGCGACCUACACCUACCAUUUUUCAGUUUUAUUUUAAUUUUAAUAAUAUUAUGUGUCCAAAAGGGUUGUCAUAUAUUCUCCAUCGUAAUAAUAGACUAACAUUUUUUUUCACCAUCAAGACAAAUUUAUAUUUGCGGUAGGAAGAAUCAUUUCUUGAUAUUAAAAACACGCAGUUGUUUUUUCUUAUACGCAAAUAUAAAAUUGUCGUGCUCAUUAAAUACCAUAGAUAAUAAACUUUGCUCAAUGUACCCUGGCAACCCUUUAAAAUGUAUUAGAACGUUUCAUAGCAAUAAUUUGGCAUCAGUUGGUAUGUGAUGUUUUUAAGUAAGAUCUCAGUACAGUAAAUAUUAUAAAAUGUCGAUAAAAGUUACCAUUAUAUUGUAAACAACAUAUAUUUUAAUUAUAGAAAAAUUACUUAAGUUGCAAUAAUGUAUGUUUUUUUGGUUCGUCUGACCAAAUACUCUACUUAUGUUCACGAACAAAAUAUAUUCAAGGGAAGCAGAGUACCUUAGUUGACGGUUUCGUUUUAAUGUUUAAUGUCAGUUUUUUUUUAAUAUAGUAUGGUGACUUUUGACGACAUAAUCCAUUUCAGUGUUAAUUGCAAGUAUUGAAAUUCUUUUGUAAUAUUCUAGUUGUUUUAAACAAUCUGACAAUUCGAUAUUAUUGAAAUUAAUAAAGAAUUUAUUUUCUGUU